AUGGAUGAACACAAACACCAUGACACUGUGCCAGCUGGGACAGAGAGGACGGAGAAGCAAAAACAACUGGGAGCGACACUGCACCAAUCUCAGCAGAGGAUUGACCAGAGAGUUAAGAAAUGGCAGGAUCUCCGACAAGCCAUGGAGUCAAUGAAACACUCAGCUCAAGUGGUCAUGGAGGAGAACGAGCGCAUCUUCACCGAGCUCCUGCUGUCCGUAGAGAGGAAGUACAACGAGGUGAAGGAGAUGAUCCGCUCCCACGAGAAGUCUACGGUCACCAAAUCCGAGCUCAUACUGGGCCGGCUGGAGGAGGAGAUCACCCUGCUGAAAAAGAGACACAAUGAUUUGGAGAAGCUGUCCCACACUGACGACCACAUUCACUUUCUGCAGAGCUGGCAGUCUCUCUCUGGUCCAUCUGGAUAUGAAGACCUCAACAGCAUAACUGUCACGCCAAACUACUCCUUUGAUGCUACCAAAAGAGCUGUGGCCACGCUGAAAUUACAAGUAGAAGAAGUAACCAAACAAGAAAUUAGCAAAAUCUCUGCAACGGUCAAAGAAGUCUACAUCACAAAAGAGGAAGUCACAGAACCUCAGAGGGAAUCACUUUUUAAGGAGGAAACAAGGAGAGAGGAGGUUAGGAGGAAGGAUUCAAGGAUCAUAGACGAGCCAAGAACAAGGGACGACUUUUUACAGUAUGCCUGUCAGUUGAGUCUGGAUGUGAACACUGUCCACCCCAACUUGCACCUUUCUGAGGGAAACCGAUCUGUGACUAUGAAGAGUGAGCCCAAGAACUAUCCAGACCACCCAGAGCGCUUUGAAAACUGGCAGCAGGUGCUUUGCAGAGAAACUUUGACUGCCUCUCGUUCUUAUUGGGAGGUGGAUUGGAAGGGGACAGAGAUUGACAUAGCAGUGACUUACAAGGCGAUCAGACGCAAGGGCAAUGACAACAAUUGCAGUCUGGGCUGGAACAACAAGUCCUGGAGCUUGUACUGCUCGGACUCCAAACUGUCCUUUGUGCACAACAAUAAAAGCACGGAUCUAUCAGCUCCUCGCUCGUCCAGCAUUGGGGUCUACCUGGAUUACAUAGGAGGGACUCUGGCCUUUUAUGCGGUGUCUUGGAACAACAUGCAGCUUCUCCAUAAAGUGCAGACAUCUUUCACUGACCCGCUGUAUGCUGCUUUCAGCGUGUGGGGCUUUGGUACCACUGUCAAGCUGGCAUGA